GAUUCCCCUGGUGACGUCACACGCCGUCUCGUGCCAGCAGCAUGCGUCACAGUCAUCCGCUAUCUUUUCCGCAUUGGAUGUUUACAGUUGCUACAAGGAAAUUACACAUACACUCUGAGAGUCAAGAUGGCUUUAGCACAAGACAAAAAGUCGCUAGAGCUCAGUAGACAAACAGCUACCAACUGAACACCACUCGAUUAUCAGAAUGGUAGUCACCAGAGUUGUUACAAGUCAGUGUGUAAGUGUGUAUCAUGUCCAGAAGACAGUCACGUCUUGCAUGUGUGUUCCCUGCCGCUGAGGAACAAGCUGUAGACGGACAUAGCAGACAACAAACACCCAGUUACAGAGCAGCAUCCAGUGGCAGUGAUGACCUGAUAGACUUGUCUGACAUUGGCUGCGCUGACUGCUCUGUGGACAGUCUGUCAAAUAAAUCCAAAGUGGGUGGCAUUCCCAUUGAUUCUGUGAAACAGGGUGCGGUGUGUCUGAGAAACUCCCACCUCAUGCAGACUGAUGGGAAUGUUGUUUGUGGAGGUGGCGAUCAGACUGUUACAUGGGCAACGUGGGGACAAGCUACGUCUUGGAAGGGGGAUCCUUUGUGUCAUCCUGUUCACAAUAGAGAUGUACAAGGGCAUCCAGUUCCUUUGACAAGAGGGGGUCAUGAUACAGGUGUGCAAGUACCUAUAACGAAUGUUGGUUAUCAAGGAUGUUCUGAUACAGGUGUACAAGGAUUCCAAGUACCUGUAACAAGGGUUGGUUAUCAAGGAGGUCAUGAUACAGGUGUUCAAGGAUUCCAAGUACCUGUAAUGAGUGUUGGUUAUCAAGGGGGUCAUGAUACAGGUGUGCAAGGAUUCCAAAUACCUGUAACGAGCGUUGGCUAUGAAGGUCAUGCUACAAGUAUACCAGGGUACCAACUGCCAGUAAUAAAUGUUGGUUCUGUGACAGUGAAUGGUAGGCACAAGAGACAGGCAGUUUGGCCUCGAACUUCAUCCAUACCCGUGAGAAGUGCAGACCUAGGAGUAAGCAAUAUGGAGACUGAUUAUGUCCAACCUGACAAAAGGCACCCAGCAGAACAGGGCUCAGUGAAUGCAGGUAAUGACCAUUGGUCACCUGGCAAAUAUGGUGCGGUGGGGGGUUCUGAAGGACAACACAAUCAUUCAGUGGAUCCACCAGCCUCACAGGGAUCCAAAAGAAAUCACAGAAUUGAGAGUGAUUCAUUGUUGCAGAUGAUACCCAAUGGGCAGGAGGACUAUACUGUGGACACUCCAUUUACCAUGAAGGACAUUAUGGGAGAAUUUCGGUCAAAUAUGAACUGGUCUAUGACAAGCAGUGGAAUGACCUCCAAUAGCUCAGAGGAUUCAUUUUUUAUUUCCAGAACAAAUCUAUCUAAGGGACUCAGAAUUGAUGAAAUACCCGCAAAGAUGCAGACAGAGAUGAAAGCAGUUCUAUCUGACUGUAAAUUGAAGUCCACAGUUGCCUGUGAAGGGAUAGGUGAUACAGGGACACCAUCCAAUCUACAUGAGGCUUUGGGUGGAAGAGAUCCAGCAGGUGAGGCUGAUGUCUCCGAGGAAGCUUCUCUGAUGAAGAUGAUGAGCAAUAUGAAAUUAGAUGGAUGGCAUUCACACAGUCAAACAGCAAAUGGGGUUACAUGCAAUGACAUAUUCACCACUGGGAACGAUAAAGAAAGGAAAAAGUAUUGUCUUAAAGUUGAUGAGAGUCAUGCUGGUAUACAUUCAGCUUCACAUGGAGACAACACUGCUGAAUCAACAACACACAAUGCCCAUGGUAUCCAGUCAGGUAGACACUUCCCAGUCCUUGAUGCUGCAGACGUGACAGGGGUGAGCAGACGUGAGAUGGAUAGAAGUGAGAGGGAUAAAAAUGUGAUGGGGAAAAGUGAAAAAGAUCAAAGUGAAUUGGGCACAAGUGAGAUGGGCAGAAAGGAAUUGGGCACAAGUGAGAUGGGCAGAAAGGAAUUGGGCACAAGUGAGAUGCGCAGAAAGGAAUUGGGCACAAGUAAGAUGGGCAGAAAGGAAUUGGGCACAAGUAAGAUGGGCAGCAGUCAGUUGGGAAAAAGUGAAAUGGAGCAAAGUGAAAUGGGCAGAAGUGAAAUAGGAGAAAGGGAAUUCGGCAAAAAUAAAAUGGGCAGAAGUGAACCGUAUCGAAGUGAACUGGGCAAAAGCGUAAUGGGCAGAGGUGAAAUGGGAAUAAGUGAAACAGGGCUAGCACAAAUAGACAAAAUUAUGAAAGAUGUCCAUAGGAGAGGUAGAAGUCAGAAAGGAAUACAAGACUUUGAUGAAAUAAAGACAGAGAAGAGAGAACAGGCAGAGAGAAUCACUGACACUGAGAGAGAACUACAGCAUUGUGCAGGAGCUGCUGAACAGAUACGAAGUUCGUCUUCCCUGCCAUUGUUAGAGGACCCUCCUCACAUUCAGUUGGAAAUGGAUGAACGGGUAAAGAUAGAUGAAUUCUUGAAUAUGAAAUCCAAAUAUCAGCCUAUCAAUCCAGCCUCCAUAAUGGUGGAAGACUGCUCGGAUGAAGAUUCAAGUCAGUUCUGUAAACGACCAUUACCAUUUGAACAGACUGGUGUUGAUACUGUGACUGAAACAGUAGGACAGAUACUUCUGGAUAAACAGAGGAUGCCUUUAGCAAGACACUUAGAGAAAGAUAUAUUUCUGGGAAAUGUGGAUCACAUGAGUACAUUAGCUCUACCUUUUGGUAAUGCAGCAGGCUGCUCAUCUCUGAAGAGAAAUCAGAAUCUGACUGUUAACAGAGCAAGUCAAGACAAGAGUGCCAUGGCGGUUUCUGUCAAUCGCUCCAACAAUGUGCAAGCAGUGGGAAACUUAAACUACAAUAAAAAUAUCUUCAAGAUGUCAACGGGGGAAGGUUACCAUAACAUUAGAACUCAGAGCCUGAGGGAGAUUGCAAGUAAUGAGAAGCUGUUUGUCCAGACAGAGGCUUUUCAUGAAGUAUGGAAAGUGUCAAAGGAGGAAAACGUGGUAUUCAUUGUUGGACCUCCUGGAGCAGGCAAGACCAUGAUAGCAAAAGCAGUUCUUCUGAAAUUGCGAAAAGAGCAGGACUUUGAACCUCUGAUCCUGUUAAGUGUACAAGAAAUGAGGGAGGCAUUGAACAUAGAUGAGAAACAGGGAAUAUUCAUCAAAAACACUUUUGGAGUAUCAGACUUCGAUCAAGCGAAGCUAAAUUUGUUGCUGGAGUAUUUUGCCUCAGUUAGCGUUUGUGUUUCUGGUAACAAAAGGUUCAUCUUUACUUGCAACAACAGGAUUUUUACAAAAUGUCGGCCAUAUUUAAAACUUAAGAAAUUCUUUACUGCAAGUUCUGUUGUCGAUGUGAAACAGGUUGGUGGCUUGACCGUCAGUGACAAAAGAACCAUCUUGUAUACACAUCUCAAGCAACGCGAUGUUAUCCUUCCAGAUGACUUAGUGGAUAAAAUUGUAAACUGUGCAAAUAAUUCCACACUUGCCUUCCCCAAAUGUUGUGAAAUAUUUACAAAGUCACCAUAUUUACAUGACCAAGGAAAAUCUGUUAAGUUCUUCCAGAAGCCAGUUCUAUACUAUAAGCUUUCAGCUCAAUUGUUGUGGCAAAAGGAUGAUAAGAGCUAUUUUAUAGUACUAUUGCUUGUGAUGGUUUUGGGAGAGCUACAGGAUUCCUUCCUUAAAGAUGUAUUAGAAGACAGUCUCAUUCUGAAGAAAGCAGAAAAAGUUCUUGCCAUGUUGCCAUAUGAAGUGACGUUGACUCAACUAGAAUCAGCCACCAAAGAUCUUCUGAAUGAAGGCCUGUACCUGAAAAGGUCUGAAAACAACGAUUCCUUCAUCUUCAUAGAUAGCUGUGUAUGCGAUGCUGUUGCUAUUGUAUUUGGGACUGAAUAUCCCAAACAACUUCUGCAGAUUUGUUCUGGGGAAUUUCUGUGUGAGAGAGUGCUUGUAAAUUCUCAAAGUAAGGAAGAAAAUGAUGAGGGAAAUUUCCCAAUAAGGAGUGGUCAUUUUGACUUCUUGUCUGAAAGAUUUGUGACUGAGAUACGCUCAGGUUCUCCAUAUCUGGUUACUCGUCAUCAAGCUUUAGGUGAUGGUUCAUUUAUCAAGAGUUUCGCAAAUUACUGUGAGACUAAAACAGAUAUCAACUCCAUCCUAAAAUCAAAAGACAAUCUUCAUCAAUUUCCGUUAUUAUUUUGGUCAUCAUGGAAUGAGAAAGAACACUUGUUUCGGUGGAUUUUCCAUGAACACAAGAAACGCAAGCUACCAAUAUCUAAAGAGGACAUUAAAAGAAUCGCUCGAGCAUGUUGUAUCUCAGGAAAUGUAGGGGCUCUGAAAAUAGUUUUCAAGGUUGUAAAAUCAUCUUCCGAUAUGGUAGAAGACUGUGCAACAAUGUCCCUUGCAAUGCCAACAUGUAGUGAAGCUUCCUUGACUGUGUCCCCAGUUGAAGGAGUUGUUCAAGUAGGUGGGUUGCUUAACACUGCAUGUCUCCAUGGUCAUCUCCCAGUGGUGGAGCUGCUGGUGACCGAAUACCACUCUCCAGUUGACCUUCAUGAUCACUAUGACAACACUCCCUUGACCAUUGCGGCCAAACAUGGACAUGCCAACAUCGUGAAGUUUCUGAUAGAUCAAGGAGCAAAAGCAAAGAUAGGGCAUCAGUUGAAAAAGAUGGCAAUACAUGAAGCCUGUGAAAACGGAAGGACUGAAGUGGUGAAGGUUUUACUGACAGCCUGGCCUAAACUUGUAGACGUUAUUGGUCCAGCUCCCGACCUACGGUUCCCUAUACAUUAUGCAUGUGCAAGUAAGGAACCCCAGUUGGUGAAACUGCUUGUUGAGAAAGGUGCUGUUCCUAAAUGCGUGGAUUCUACCAAUAACACUGCGUUCCACACUGCUUGCUGUAGGCCAGGGGGUCUGCGGGUUCUAAAAGAACUGAAACCAACUUUGCAGGAUUUAAAAUUACAGAACAAGUUCCUUGCCACAUGUCUUCAUCUUGCUUGUGAGUUUGGGGGGCCUGCCAUGGUUGAGUUUCUAAUCAAGAAAGGUGCAGACGUGAAUGCUUUGAACAACAAGAAGCAGACAUCACUACAUGUUGCAUGUCAGAGGAAUCAUGUUGCAAUUGCUGAAAAGCUCUUGAAGAAUGGAGCUGAUGUGUUUGCCUUGGACAUCACGAAAAAACCCGCUCUGAAGCUAACAACACACAAAAAGUUACAGAAGUUUCUAAUUGAACAAAUGAAUGAGAGUGAUAAAGUAAAUCAGAAAUGAUUCACCAUCACGAUCAUGAUCACGAUUACGAUCAUGUGUGUUUGUCAUGCUUCUGAAACCAGGGCAGAUUCCCCACAUGGUAAAAUGUGUGAAGUCCAAUUGUGGUCUCUCCCCCCAACCCCUCUGUCAGCAAACAAAAUGUUCCACAACUUACUCAUAGAACAAGUUACAACAAGUGAAUGUGAGUAAGGAAAUGUGUGGGUGUUCCUGGUCCAGCAGGUACAUCAGCAAUGAUUCAUCUGCACAGCAACAAAUUAGCUAAGUUAAGUUUGUUUGUUUUUUGUUGUCAUUUCUUUUUUUGUUUUUGUUUGUUUUGUUUUUAUUUUGCAUGUGUGUGAGAGAGAGAGAGUGUGUGUGAGUUUGUCUGUGGUAUAAGAGUGUUUGUGUGCGAGUGUGAGAGAGUGUGUUUGUGUGUGAGAGAGUUUGUGUGAGAGUGUGUGUGUGUGUGUGUGUGAGAGAGAGAGAGAGAGAGAGUGUGUGUGUGUGUGUGUGUGUGUGUGUGUGUGAGACACCAAAAACUAAAUAUGAAUGUGAAAUCAACGAAGAAUAUUUCUUUAAAAUAUUAAGACAACUUAAUGUUUAAAAUAAUUCAUUAUACUCACUACAUGUGUCCAUCCUACAGCUUGCACUAUUGAGAUGUCAUACCAUUGUCUGUCUUCCACAUGCACUAGGCUGUUGUGCUUGGGCGUUUGAAUCAAACAUGGUGCUGGUGUGUUUCAGCACCCUUGUUUUUCGCUGUUUUUAGCAAUGUUUCAUUGGUGCCAAAUGUCUUUAUUUUUUAACACGAAACUUUUAUUUAGCUGUAUUUGACAUAUUUUAGGGGCAGGUUCUCAGUACUAAUUUCCCUAAUUACCCAAGGAGAGGUUACUUGAUAUAUAGACCUAUGAGUUAAUAAUUCCAGUGAUAAUUGGUCACAACCGACUAUAUUGGAUGUCAAUACAUAUUGUCGAUAGCCUUGUCAGAGGUUUGUUAGCUACUUUAGUAAUGGCGGUUAUACUGUUGCUUAGCAACUCAGCUUGUAUAUUUGCGCAUGGUCUGUUAAUCAGCGAGCCUUGUCAGUGUUGACUGGUUCUUUGAUCCCUGAGAUUUCUUGUCUUUAAUUACCAUUAGCUUCUAAUGAUGAAACUGUGAACACUUACUGGGAAACAAGGAUAAGUUGAGCACCGACCUGACAAUUGACCCGUAUUAGCAUGUACGAGUGCCGCCCACUGGCGCUUGCCAUUGUUAGCGAAGGGGACCCAGGUUGUCCGCGAUCAAGUGUAGUGCCACUUGCUACACUGACGUGAGAGUCUUAUGAGCAUGGCGUCUGCAGCUACGCGUGGACUCAAUUUCAUCCUCAUGCAAUGCAUGUGCACUAGCCUACAUCUGCUCUACUUUUCAAAAACCAAAUGGGUUUGCUCAUUGCACCGCCUACUUCUCGAGUUCUCUGCGCCGGUCCAACUUAUCCUUGUUUGCCAGUAAUUUAACAUUUAAUGACAUGCUGUUAUUAGUAGCACAGGGAGCUAUGCUGCUAACUUGAUGGUGAUCAGUUAUAACACAAACAUUGGAUGAUGUUCAGAUCAACUGGUGUGAAAGUGUGCUCAGAGAAGCACCUUGCUUCCGCUUUCUGGGCAAUACCCCUAUUGUAUAUAUCAAUGCUCAUACUGUUGAUAACUGGAUUGUCUGGUCUAGGCUCAAUUAAUUACAGACCGCCACCAUAUAGCUGGAAUAUUGCUGAGCAUGGGGCUAAACAAUAAAGAAACAAGCAAACAUCUGGUCAGAAGCUCUUUCCACUUGACCAUGGAGAUUGUCUCAUUAAUGGUUCCUUGAUCACUUGGACAUCUGUUCCUUGAUCAGUUGGGUUCAGGCUCACCGACAUGGUUGACACAUGUCAUCGUAUCCCAAUUGUAUAGAUUGAUGCUCAUGAUCUUGACCACUGGAUUGCCUCAUCUAGACUCGAUUAUAUACUGAAUGCCACCAUAUAGCUGGAAUAUUGCUGACUGAGGCAUUUAAACAACAAACAAAUAAAUUGAUCAGUUGGGACCAAAAUGCUUCCAUUGUUCCACUUACUAAUGUUACCAUUUGUAAAAUUGACAAACAACAAUAAAGAAUGAUUUCAAAAUUU